CCCCCCCCCCCCCCCCCUCCUGCUUUCUGUUUACAAAUCCUUCUCAUCAUUCAACCCCAGCUAGGUCUGGGGGGUGUUUCCAUCUCAUCGGCAAAGGGGGGAUAAACGGGCAAAUUAAAGAAGACUACUUGUGGGUGGGUGUGUGUGUGUGUGUGAGAGAGAGAGAGAGAGAGGGGUAGCUGGAAUAAUAUCUUCCCCCUCUCUAGACUAUUCCCCCUUCAUUAGACUCAAAUGGUCUCUAUGGUCGAGACCUCCCAUCCAACUCAAAAUGAUAUGGCCAUGGACCCGGUCGUCCCCAAAACAGAACCUCUGCUCGAAGGCUCGAUCAGCUCCGCAGUGUCCACGCCUGAUCCUGAAGGUGAGGUCUUGACACCGGAUGUCGCUCAAACACAGAAACGAAAAGGUGGAAGAAAACCUAUCUAUGCUACCUCUGAGGAACGUAAGCAGCGCAACCGACAGGCCCAGGCCGCUUUUCGGGAACGUCGUACAGAGUAUAUCCGUCAACUCGAGUCGACCAUCAAGCACAAUGAAGAGACCCUGCAGACCCUGCAGCAGAACCAUCGCACAGCCGCGGACGAAUGCUUAAUGUUGCGUUACAAGAACUCCCUCCUCGAACGCAUCCUCCUGGAAAAAGGGAUUGAUGUUCAAGCGGAAUUGCGACUCAAGGCUGCAACUCCUAGUGCGGGUCCCGGAAAGCCGAGCCCCAUGUCGGCAAAGACGCCCUCGUUGCAGCAAGCGGCCGUUAACCGAAACUCGGCCCAACGACACCCCAGCGGUCUUGCCCCGAAAGAACCCUUCAGUCUUUCUCAGUCGCGGGAUGGAUAUGGGAUGCCGUCACCGCAGUUUCAAGCUACCCCGCCUUCCCAUGUCUCGUCGCCAUCUCAUGCGAAGUCCCCUGGCUAUGGGUUCCAAACGACAUUCUCAUCGACCACCGUCGAUCCCCAGGCACAACAUGCACGCUCCCAGAUGCUUUCCCACUCGAGAAAUAUCAGCCAAUCCUCUCCGCCGGUGAGCAUUGGCCAACCCGAACCCACCGAGCCGAAGUCGAGUGGCCUAGGACCUCGAGGAGGCCCCCGGGGACCGUCCGCAUAUUACCCGUCUCCUUUCCAAAAACAUUAUGACCAGCUCGAGCAAGAAUAUGACGCGCAGGUGGAUAUGAUUGACGAAGAACACGACUCUUCUGUGUCGGCGUCCCCCUUUGUUCCCGGUUUCAAUGCGAAUGCGCCCGUCCCAGGCGCCUCGCAUCCCAUGACGACUCACGGCAUAACCGCCUACCACUCUCACUCUGGAGAAGGACCUAAUGGCGCCUACGGCACCACCAGUUCCCUUCUCGGAAACUACGAACCCAUGCUGGAUGCAGAUCCAUUUGGACUGAGUGCCAGCAUGCACUUCCAAACUCCCUUUAGCUACGAGCAAAAUAAUUCACGUCAAUGAUUAGCGACUGAUUAUCCCAUCAACGGCGAGAUUUGUCCCUUAUUCUACAUGUUUUUUUUUUCUUCCUUCUUGUCUGCCGCGGACAGGCAUGUUUCUUACCAAAUUUUCAUUUUGUGGGUGCCCAACACUGGCAGACAAAAAGUUGAAUCUUUGAGCAUUAGCCGGCGUUAGGUGGUUGAUACCAUUUGUUUUCUGUUGACUACGUAGGUGUCCUUGGCUGCUGUUCAUCCAAAAAAAAAAAAAAAAAAAAAAAAAA